UUACAGUUGAUUAUUCGACACUAUCUUCUUUCCAUUCUCUACGCCUACAUCUACUUAUAUUACCUACAUACAAAGAAAAGAAACGAUUUCCCAGUGGUGAAAAUGGCAUCUGAGAGCAAGGGUCGUCUAGCUGGCAAGAAUGCCAUCAUCACUGGAGGUGCUGGGGGUAUCGGCCUCGAGACUUCGAUCCUCUUCGCCAAAGAAGGCGCCAAUAUCUUGAUGGUCGAUAUUUCCGACCCAGCACUACAGAAAGCCAAGGCCAAGGUCUUGCAACUGGUGCCCCAAGCCAGCCGAGUAGAAACCAUGACCUGCGACGUCUCCAAAGAAGACCAAGUAAAAGCCACCGUUGAAUCCCUCGACGCCUGGGGCGGGCUGGACAUCAUCUUCAACAACGCGGGCAUAAUGCACGCGCGCGACGACGACGCCGUCGGCACCCCCGAGGACAUCUGGGACCUGACCAUGGCCAUCAACGUGAAGGGCGUCUGGUACGGCUGCAAGCACGCCGUGCUCUCGCUCCGCCGCCACAAAAAGACCCGCGGCAGCAUCAUCAACACCGCCUCCGUCGUCGCCCUCGUCGGCUCCGCCACCCCGCAGCUCGCCUACACCGCCUCCAAGGGCGCCGUGCUCGCCCUCACCCGCGAGCUCGCCAUCGUCCACGCCCGCGAGGGCUUCCGCUUCAACAGCCUCUGCCCCGCCCCCCUCAACACCCCCCUGCUGCAGGACUGGCUCGGCGACGACGUCCCCAAAAGGCUGAGGCGCGAGAUCCACUUCCCCGCCGGCCGCUUUGGCGAGGCCGUCGAGCAGGCGCAGGCCGUGCUGUUCUUGGCCUCGGACGAGGCGAGCUUCGUCAACGGACACGAGAUGGUGGUGGAUGGGGGCAUGACGAAGGCGUACGUCACGCCGGAGGGGCCGCCGACGGGGGCGCCGGUUAAUAAUGCUGCGAAGACGGCGCUAUGAACUGUGAUGUGAGGAGAUGAGAGGCACAAGUUGAUGAAGCCACCCCCUACCUAGCUGGGUGGGUAGGUACAGUAGGUACACUUGGGUUUACUCGCGUCCUCCGUUCUGGUACCUACCCAAGUAAUAGGCAGGUACUCUAGGCCAGAAAGGGAGAAUGCAGAGUAGGUAUCAUGAAUAAGACGGGAAAUUCCUUUAAACUUGUCUGUUUGGCCUCGCUUCUGGAGUGCGCGGUUUCACGAACUAUAGCUACGU